AUGGACGGGAUCUCUGACGACCCGGAGCUUGCGCAAGAACUCCUGAAGCUGCUCCAUGCGAAGUUGCGAGAUGCACGCCAAGAACUGCAAGACCAGCGCCGAACGUCUGCACAGUCAAAGUCUGAGAUCGCCCUCCUAGACAGCACCGACUUGCAACGGCAAAACGAAGAUCUCAAGGACGAGCUAACGUCGCUACGACUUCGUCUCUCCGCUGCCGCCGAGCAUGAGGACACUAAGGGUAGCUUCGAUGAAGUCUCAACGCCCGAUGAGGCGCUGCAGGAACAGCUGCUAGCAGUACAAGAGGAGAAAGCUGCCGUUGAUAGGGACAUUCAAGGGAGGAAGCGGCAGCUCAAGAAAUACAAGACUAAGUCUAAAAGGCUUCGUCAGGACGUCGUGGAUCUAGAGGAGACGAUGAGCAUACUGCAAGCCGACAUUGAACUAGGGACAGAGGAAGACAAAAAUUAUGCUACGCAAAUUCUAGCUGUCGAAAAGGAGCUGGUACUACACUGUUUCCUACGUGUCGUCGUGCAGAUGCUGAGGAAAGUUUUGCAGUGCGCUCUAGGUCCUCCUGUAGCCACGGCGCAACCAUUUGACAUCGAUACUUUCCUUCACGCUGAGAUGCAGCCAUCCGACUAUCCAGAGAAGUCCUCGUUCCAAUGUCUCCUCAAGUCCACGCCUCUACUGGAACUACCCCAGGAGAUUCUUGAGUUUUUUGGACCGAUGGAGUUGCUCGUAUUUAUGCCGGAAGACGUUAUGUGGUCAAGGGAGGGCAUCGACCGCGCGGUCUUCGUCACGCAGUCGCAUCAUUACGACCCCACUGCUCGCGGAAUCAACGGUUCCUGGGAGGUCAACCCCUCGAUGAGCGAUCUCCUGGACGGCGUCGGUCGAAGCCGAGAGCUGUUUUUCCGUCAACACAAUGACUGUUACUACUACGGAACGUACAAAUGCACUGGCUAUUCGUCCCUCUCGGGCGAGGCCUCCCAGGAAUUGGAUCCGGAUCUGGUGCGCCAUGUGACGAAUACGACGGCAACCCACAAGGAUCAUCUAGCUCCUCUCGCCCUCAAAUUUGUGGAUUCCUUGUACAUGAACGGUCCAUUGGAACUGCAGUGUUUCGCGUUCGAACGCGUAGGGUUUAAUCACGGGCUUUACGACGCCCUUCUCCGUUCCAUCAAAGCCAUUCAGGUCGUCAACUCUCGCGCAGCGAAGCAGGGCAAGAUGGCAGCCAGUGUUGUUCGCAAACUACGACCAUGGGAGUUUUGA